ACCAAAAGCUCCCUUAUAUAAAUCCCACCUUUCUCCUUUCUUCUUCCUUCGUCUCCAUUUCUCUCUCUGUUUCAACCUUUCUCUCUCUAAAACAAAACUCAUUUUCUCUCUCUAGAAUUCUCUCGCAACCAUGACUGCUUACAGAGGCAAAUACGCUGAUGAGCUCAUCACCAACGCUGCCUACAUUGCCACCCCCGGAAAGGGUAUUCUUGCCGCUGAUGAGUCAACCGGCACCAUUGGAAAGCGUUUUGCCAGUAUCAAUGUUGAGAAUGUUGAGAGCAACAGGAGAGCUCUCCGUGAGCUUCUCUUUACCACCCCUACUGCCCUUACAUACCUUAGUGGAGUCAUCCUUUUCGAGGAAACUCUCUACCAGAAGACUGCUGAUGGCAAGCCCUUCGUUGAUGUCAUGAAGGAAGGUGGUGUCCUUCCCGGAAUUAAGGUUGACAAGGGUACCGUUGAGCUUGCUGGAACCAAUGGUGAGACAACCACUCAGGGUCUUGAUGGUCUUGGCCAACGAUGUGCUCAGUACUACGCUGCUGGUGCUCGUUUCGCUAAAUGGCGUGCUGUCCUCAAGAUCGGCCCAACUGAGCCAUCUCCCCUUGCUAUCUUGGAGAACGCCAACGGUCUUGCCAGAUAUGCCAUCAUCUGCCAGGAGAAUGGAUUGGUCCCCAUUGUCGAGCCUGAGAUCUUGGUUGAUGGAACCCAUGACAUCGACAGAUGUGCUGAGGUUUCUGAGCGUGUUCUUGCAGCUUGCUACAAGGCCCUCAAUGACCACCAUGUUCUCCUUGAGGGUACCCUCUUGAAGCCAAACAUGGUUACCCCUGGAUCAGAGAGUAAGAAGGUUGCCCCUGAGGUGAUUGCUGAGUACACCGUCCGUACCCUGCAGAGGACUGUUCCCCCAGCUGUUCCCGGAGUCAUGUUCUUGUCUGGUGGACAGAGUGAGGAGGAAGCAACCCUCAACCUCAACGCCAUGAACAAGCUUCAAACCAAGAAGCCAUGGACUCUAUCUUUCUCAUACGGACGUGCACUUCAGCAGAGUACCUUGAAGGCAUGGUCAGGCAAGGAAGAGAAUGUGCCAAAGGCCCAGGAGGUCUUCCUCGCUAGGGCUAAGGCCAACUCCGAGGCUACUCUUGGUAAAUACCAGGGUGGUGCUGGAGGAGCUGAUGCCUCUGAGAGCCUUCACGUCAAGGACUACAAAUACUAAGCCAAGUUUUGUUCGUUGUCCUGCCAUCGUUUCUGCAGUAAAUUUCGAGUUUUUUUUUUUACUCCCUGUGAAGGGCGCCCUAAUCUUAGAAGCGGUGUGUUGCUGUCUUUAGUGACUUAUUUUUCGAUUUCACUUGGUUUUUAGUUUUGAUGGCUAUAAAAAUAAAAAAUUUAUGCAGUAGAUUUAUCCUUGUGAAAAGAGGAUCUUAUUGUUUUUGAGAUUGGUUAAAAGUGUUCACUAUACAAAACAAAGUGACUUCACAUCUUUUUCGAUUUUGUGCUUCCUUUCA